AUGUCUCCUCUAAAUUUAACAACUCCCCGAAUAAAAAAUAUUUUAAUAUGUAAUAAAACAAUUGCCGACAUACCUAUGUCUAAACCAUCAACUAACACGUUUUGCAACAAGUUUGAAUUUGAAAUAUGUGGAAAAAUCUAUAAAAGGCAUUCUGGUUUAGCUAAUCAUAAAAUAACAAUUAAAGAUGCUAAUGUUAUGAAGCCAACCGCGUACGAUUUACCUGAAAAAGCUAUUGAAGAAAUUUGUACAGAAAGUCAAUUUUUUGGUGUUUUUAAAGGAUAUAUACAUAAUUAUUAUCCAAAAACAGGAAAUUAUAAGUGUAUUUUUAAAGGUAUUAAUUUUUAUUCUACAUUAUCAAAAGUAUUGGGAGACGAUAAUUGGGGUGUCAAAUAUUUUUUGCAACACCAAAAGACAUUUGUUUUAUCAUAUCAACAACCAUCAAAUCCAAAUGAUCCAGAUCCUCUUCUGGAAUUAAAUUUAUGUCAAGAACCCGAUCCUCUUCAAAAACAAAAUCAAGUAAAAAUAUAUAAAGCUAAAAAAUGCCGAAUCUGCAAACUUAAACCCAUACAAAUCAUUAUUGGCUGGAAAAGAAAAGAAAAAUCAGAUGUACGAAAUAUUGUAUAUUCAUCAGGAUUUAUCUUUAUAAACUUUACAAUUUCACGUAUGAGAGAUAUAGAAAACUUAUAUUAA